UUCGGACUUUAGUCAGACGGUGCGAUGAAUGCCAGGGGGUCCUUCUGGUCGCUGCUGUGCACGUUCGGAAGUUGGUACAACUGGACCAACGACGGGGGGAAACAUGGCAAGCGACCGGAUGGCUACAACUUGUCGCUGAGCGACGUGGAGCUGUUCACCCACGAGUGGCAGGUCUUCGUGCCCCCGCAGCAGAUGCGAGCCCUGCAGAUGUGUCCCAUCAUCUGCUUCUUGGUGGUAUUUCCCAUCACUCCCGUCAUCCUCACUAAGGUCUUGUCCAGUCCGCGCCUGCGGCAAGAGACGCGCUACCUCCUGCUGGCCAACGCGCUGCUAAGCGACCUGGCCUUCGUCUCCGUGUACGCAUUCACGUCGGUGUUCAACGCCGCCGGAGUGCUCAUGUCCGAGUGGGGAUGCGCCACUCUGCUGUCACUGUUGGGGGCGCUCUACACCGCCGGGAUCCUCAGCACUGUCACCAUGGCACUGGACACCUUGCUGGCCGUGUUGUCGCCCCUGCGCUACCUGGCACUCUGGCCCGUCUCCCGGACCAGGAGCGUGGUGGGGGCUGUGUGGGGGCUGUCCGUGUUCUUCCCACUGGCCAUGGUGGGGGCCUUCGUGUGGUUCCAAGCCGCCAGCCCCUGCCAGUCUCACAUCUGCUCCAUGCCCCUGUUGCUGGUGCUCACCAUUGGCCGGACGCCGGUGCUCAAGCUCUCCAUGCUGCUGAUGGUCUCCGGCAUCCUGCUCAUUCUGCUGCUGAUCUUCUGCGGCUACAUGGCGCUCUGCUGCAGCACCCGCCGCUCGGGGGUGCGGAGCGGCCAGUGCUGCUCACGGGCCAAGGGCACCUUCCUCAUGCAUUACAUGCACCUCUUCCUCUCCUUCUGCCCCAUGCUGGUGCUGAUCGUCGAGCUGCUCCUGUACACACAGCUCCGCGCCGUUGACCUGCGGGCCAAACUCUGGGUCUCCCUGGUCGUCUGCAAUGUGCUGCUGGUGCUACCCAAGGCGCUGGCCCCCUACCUGUAUGGACUCCGGUACCGGGAUCUGCGCAGAAACCUGCUGACUUUCUACAGGCUCAGGAAGACUCUGGUUUUCCCAGUAAUGUAAGAGCUGUGCAUCUUAGACUUGCAGAAUUAUUUAUUUAGAAAGGUGAAUCUCAGUGUGAAUAUUUUAUAUGUUUUUAAAAAUCAGCACCUAUGACAAUGUGUCCCCAUGAGUAAUAUCAACUCGCCACCUUUGAUUUCUCCCCAUUCCCUUUGAAAAUAACCCCCCUCCCCAGACUUUUCUUUGUAAUUUGAAAAGGAUUCUUAAGUUGUGUGUAUCGUAUUCACGUAACAUUUAAUUCGUAUAAUAUUAGCUUUUGCGUUGGUAUUUGAACGUUAAUUAAAAUUAUUUGAAAUCGACUGUAACUAAUGAAAUGGGAACUGCUGCUGUUAUAAUAAAUUAAAUAA